AUGGACUCUCAAGGCGAAUCAUCCAGCGCGAACGCUGCGCCCGCGAACGACACCCAGGACCAAGAUGCGCCAGCUACAUUACCUACGAGCACUGUCCCCCAAUACACGAUCGCACCUUCGGUACCAAGAGUAAUAAGAAAGAAGGCAAAGGGCAAAAAAUCAAAGAAAGACGAUGACGAGCAGUUUAGGGGCUUACCAGGAUUUUCGGAGGACGAAGAAAGUAGUGACGAUGACCUAACGAAAGUGUUGCAAUCACUUGAAAGAUCUCAAAACCAAGAAAUUAGCCCUGGAUGUCUUCAAAAUCCGGGAAUUCCUAGGAGAUCUGCUCAACCACACUAUACUAAGCACGGCUGGGAUUGAGGAAGCUGUCACUCGUCUUUACACCUUGCUGGUCGAUCCCACGAGUACCAUGCAAGCGGCUGCAGCAUUGCAGAUUCAGAAAUUACUUGAUGAUACUGAACGAACGGGAACGGGAACGGGAACAGGAGGUGGUGAACCUCGCGAGAGUCCAGCUCCGGGAACGGAUGGUGGCGAACCUAGAUGGAGUCCAGCUCCAGAAACUCCGGUUAUAGAUCCAGCAGAAAUUCCGCUUCCACCUUCAGUUGCAAGUUCACCUGGUUCUGGUAAUUCUACCCUUCCUGCUUAUUCAAAUCUACUUGGGCCGACCCCAGGUCCAAGUCGUCCUCAAUACUCAGGCGAAUAAAAAUCCUUUGCACCUACCUCAAGGAGGCGGGAAUAUCAGAGCAAGGUGACUUUUUGUUCUACUAGUUGGGUGUAAACCCUAAAUUAAAUCUUGGUGGAAUCCAGAAAAGUAAAGGAGAGAGAGGUGGAAAAGAUAACUAAGAUCAUUAGACAAAUUAUAUGCUAACUCUCCGCUAGCAGAUUUAUGGGAAGGCAGUCGUUUCUUCGCCCCUAUUGGAAAAUUAAAGAAGAUGUUUCUUCUGCAUUUCAACAGAAGUAACGUUGCACCAGCUGCCCUUGUGAUUUUACUACUCAAUAACCUUCUAUUGUUCUUGCUUCUCCUGUUGGUCUACAGAGACAUUUCAUCAUUCUCGGGACAAAAAUCCGCCGCCGAUUCUGCGUGGGAUUCUGAGCUUUCACAUUGGAUCAGGGGUAUGGGUCCUCGCCCGAACGUGGUUAUCUCGAUGAAUCCAGAAUGGGGACCUAUGACGGCAGUACCCCAACCAACUGGAGCUGGGUUUUGA